AUGAGACAAAGAAACAUGAACAACGGCCCUGCAGCAGGUCGCAUGGCCUUCUCGAAGAUAAAUUGCCCCGAUUCCUUGUCGAGAAUGACUUUGAAGUACAAGUUCAUCAGUCAAGAGACAGUCAUUGAUUCCCUCAUCGAAGAAUGGUGGACAACCAACAACCUGCCCGUCGAUGCCCCCACGCACGGAAUCAAGAACGGGGGGGACCAGUGCUACCGUAACUCGGUCUUGGUCAUGCUCCUUCACACGCCUGUGUUUGUGAACUGGCUCAACUCGCAUAACGGAGGCGGGUGCGAUCCGAAGAAAUGUCUCGUCUGCCUCUUCAAGAAGCUGGCUUCCGUCUACUGGUCUAGCGGGUGUGACCAGGGAACUCGAACCAGGUGGAUGAAUAAACUAUGGACUCCCUUCUAUGCAAGGUGGUGCGCGAAAGGUACCAUCCCAAGGCGAGGUCAACAGGAUGCUACGGAGUUCUUGGUCGACUUGCUUAAUUACCUUGAGGAAACAGAUCCCGUCCUUGCCCAGUCUCUGAGCCAGAUCUUUCAGGUAAGAACAAACAGGUACAAGUUCUGCGACAAGUGCAAAGGACCCCUUGUGUCCAUGGGUCCGCCAGACAGCUGGUACUGGCUCAGCGCGCUUCUCACCUCGGGAGGACAGACGGUUGUCUCCACCACGCUGAAAAGGGCCCUCCGGGAGACCAUGGCGCCCCGGCCUCUAGACAAUGAAACUUGCAGCAAAUGCGGUAUCAAGCUCAGCUCCAAAGGCCUUCUCGAUGAUGAGACGCCAGAGGUGCUGCUGGUGUGUCUAGAUCGGAUCAAAUUCGCAAACGGCUCAUGCAUUAAGAUUGAGACUCCUGUCAAAGACUUCGAUCUGGACCUCAAUCCAUAUCUCGAUAACGUGGCGGUCAGGCAGUCCCAACGGAAGACCGUCAAGUAUGAGCUGUACGCUGCCAUCUGCCAUAUAGGUAAGCAAAUCAUGUCCGGGCAUUACAUCACCUAUGUGAAGAACGGAAAAGGUAAGAUCCAGAAAGUGAAUGAUCUAACAGUCACUCCGGGACCGGAGAGUUUUGGGGCCUGUGCAAAACUGCCGGUAGAUGCAUAUCUUCUGGCAUAUCGCAAAGUCGGCUGGGAAAUCGAAGAUGCUAAACCAACCCAGCAGCUGGCAGGCAAGGAUCAAGGGGAAGCCCAAAAGUCGGCCACCAAGAAUGAAUCCCAGCAAAGAAUCCAUGCGGAAGCCUGUCGGUAUAAGGUAAGUGAAGGAGAUACCCAUGGAUUAAUCAUGGAGCAGGUCCAGCCCGAUCCACAGCAUGCAGAAAAGGGCGUCUAUUUCGAGCUCAAGAUCCAUGCAGAGAUCAGCGACGAGCUCAUCGAUCAGGUUGUGACCGCUGUUGACAAGGUCAAAGAGAUGAAGAAAAAGCGUAAGCUGGAUGAAACGGAACAGCCAGAGGGUAAGCCAUCACCCAAGCGUACUCGAACACAGAAAUCCAAGGUCGAUCCCAAGCCCAAAUUAGGACGACGAAAGGCAGCGGCGAAGUCAAAUAAGACCGCGGGACCCAAGACGACCAAGAAGGAAGAUCCCAAAGUGGCAAGGCCAGCUCGUAAAAAGAGAAAGAGGGACGACGACGAUGGCGAAUAUGUAGAUGGGUCGAAGACCACGCAAAAGACUGGGGGUAGAAGCUUACGGCCUCGAAAACGCAAAUGA